AUGUCAUCACAAUCGACAUCGACAGCUUCAAAUACCGCCACUGUCAUAACCAUGCCGACAACUGUUGCAGAAACUUCGUGGAAUAAUCUACAAAAUACAAUUAACAAAGAAUCGGAUGACGAAGAUCCGAUUAUCACAAUCGACAGUGAGAUUGCGGAAAUAGAAGAUAAUUUUGGCGAUGAGUCAAAGAGAUCAUUGAUUAAUGAUGAAAAAUAUGAAAUUGCUGACGGGGAAAAAAGAGAAUUGACUUCAAUUGAGAACGACAUAAGUACAAACGUAGAAAAUGAUAAAAGCAACAACACAGCAGAUCCAACAUCAACAAAUCCUUCGCAACUUUCAACAACAUUUCGUGAAAAUUCUCAAGCAUCAACACCUAUUGAAUUUCCUCAAACACCUGCAUCUCCUUUUACAUCAACAUCCUCAUUCUCGGAUCAGGGACUAAUUGAAGAAAGCUACCUUAAAAAGCGUCUCCAAAUAAUUGCAUGGGUUCGAUUACUUUGGCCAAUUCCUUAUUUUCCGUCAAAUUCUGAGAUUGCUGCAAAACUUACUCUCGAGUCAUUUACAAAGAAACCUGACACUAAACCAUUCAUGGUUGCAGUGCUAGAGCAGACUUAUCCACCGUUAAUUCAAACAAUAACAACAACAGAUAUCUCACAAGACCCGGUAACAAAUCAUUUAAUCCCGGAAUUUUCUUCAUUUUCCUAUGAGCCCAGGGAAUUUCUUCUUUCGCAAUGUCCUUCUUUUCGAAAUCUGCCUAAGAUAAACGAUAAUCCUUUAGCAGAAUAUGAUGAAAAAUUCAUCUUCAACAGGUUAUUACCUCGAUUGAAACGUGAAGCGGUUAUAAUUCAAGAAGAACCUGCGUUAUUUCUGACUGUUAAAGAGGUUGUGCUACUCUUGAUGACAGAUCUCGAGAUAUUCCAGUGUCGUAUUUGUUAUGAAAAUAAAAAAAGUUUGGACUUGAAAGAAAAAGAGAACCAAAAAACGUUGGAAGAAGGGAAAGAAGCAAAAUUGAACGAGAAGGAAAAAAUUGUCGGAAAAGCGAAGGAAAAUGAAACAAAAUUAUGGAAUUAUGAUGAAGUGAAGAGUCAUUUGAUGGGCGAAAUGCAUAAAUUAGAGGUUUUCGAAGAUGAGGAAACAGUUAUUAGAGUUGAUCCUGAAGCUUAUGCCAGAGGUUUCUUCACGAAAAUUAAUGAAAGGAUUGACUUGGAAACAGCAAAUGUCAGCGAAGAUGAAGAAUCAGAUCCCGAACAUUUUGCAUGA